AUGCAAGGUGAAGUCAUCAAAAGCCUGCAAAUGGCCGCACAGUACGACAACGCCGUCUUGAACCUUGCCGUACUUCACGAAGCUUCCAUCACCAACAAGACUGCGACGUUCCUCAUCCUGGAUCAAUUGAAGCAAAGGGCUCUGCCGAGUCAUCGAGUCACCGAUCAUCUCCCACGAUCCCUGGGGACGACUGCAUUUGAUCCGUCGAGUUUCGCAUCGGACGCCUACGUUUCCACCGGGCGUCACGCUUUCCCCCACAACAAGAGAGAGGAAAUUUUGAAGCAUGGUCUUACCAACUACUUUCUGAAGCGGAACAACAGUGUGCAGAAGUCUUCAAAGCAGCCCAAAACGCCAGACGACAUCAACUUCAGCCAAGCCUUUCAGCAUCUGAUGAACGCGAGGGGAGGGGAGGACCGCGCUGCGAUCAUGCGCGAGAUUGACGAGAUAACGGACCUCUACCAAGAUUUAUCUGUCAACCAAAGGCCGAAGAAUGCACCGGUUAAUAUUCCAUGGCCCUCCGAUACCGAAGGCAGACGAGAUACUCUAUUCACACUGCACACAGGAGGUGGAUACUCUUGCGACCGCAACGCCAUCCAAUCUCAAUCCCCAACCAGCACCAGUCCGACCAUCACCAGCCUCCGCCAAACCUCCAUCGCCCCCUCCAUCGCCUCAACCGACAGCAGCAACUCGACCUCCCUCGGCAUCCUCCCCGGCUCUCGCAUGUCCUCCCUCCGCAGCGCGACGAUCCAAAGCGGCCCCGCGGGCCAAGAACGCAUGAUGUCCGGGCGCCCAUGCAAAGCCAACAACUACUGGGGCUUCUGCAAAGGCGCGUGGACGAUCCGCGAAGACGUGAAAAAGGGGCUGGCAAUCCGCACGCAGCCGCUCGGCAUGUACAACCACAAGGACAUUUGGGAGUGCGUGGCGUGCACGUUCAAAGGCACCGUGUUCAGCGCGCCACACCCGACCAAGAAGAAUAAAGAGGUCAAUGUCGUGGACCCCCGCGUGGUCUUGAGCCUGAGCGGCGUCAGGUACAAGUGGGUGUUUUUGGCGAAGAGCCAUAUCAAGAAGAAGGCGGGCGAUAGUCAUAGCGAAGAGAGCAAUUAUGGAUGUGUGUUUUGCUGUCUGGAGGAUCGCGUGAGUAGUGUGUAUGGCGGCGUGGAGACGCUGAUGAAUCAUAUUGCGCUGAGCCAUGUUGCGGAUAUGAGCGAGAAUGUGCGGAGGAAGGCAAAGUGUGUGGUGGGCAGGAUGCCGGGGGAGGGGGAGGAGUGGGAUAUUAACAUUCCGGUAUUUGCGAGGGUGGAGGAGUUGGAGUGA